UCGCCGUAGCAGCCGCCGCCUAUCCCUCUUUGUGUGCUCCGGGAAGCCGCGGAGCUGGUGACUCGACUGUUGGCUUUGGGGGUGAAGGUGUGGGACGUUCCCGGGAAGUUUCAGGCGGGCGGACUCUUCCAUCCCGCUACCUGACAGCGUUUCGUCUCACCGUGUAUGCAAGAAAUGGAACGCGGAGGCUAAAGUCCAAAACCCCGGAGACUUCUCUUCCCUGGAGUUUUAAGAAAGUGAUGACAUGUCCGUUACGAAGGCUCCGGCCUCUUUGAGGAUGAGCGGGCGGGUCAGUCACAAACAUGUCGGACAAAAGUGAAUUAAAGGCUGAGUUGGAGCGUAAGAAGCAGCGGUUGGCCCAAAUCAGAGAGGAAAAGAAGAGAAAAGAAGAAGAAAGGAAAAAAAAGGAAACUGAUCAGAAGAAGGAAGCAGUUGCUCCUGUGCAAGAAGAAUCAGAUCUUGAAAAAAAAAGAAGAGAAGCAGAAGCAUUGCUUCAAAGCAUGGGGCUAACUCCAGAAUCUCCCAUUGCUGAGCAACCUCUCCGUGUAGUAACAGCGGAUACCUGUCUGUUUCACUAUUUAGUCCCUCCUCCUAUGUCUCCAUCCUCCAAAUCUGUGAGCACACCAAGUGAAGCUGGAAGUCAGGACUCUGGAGAUGGUGCCGUGGGAUCCAGGACGCUGCAUUGGGAUACAGAUCCAUCAGUUCUUCAACUUCACUCAGAUUCCGAUUUGGGACGAGGACCAAUUAAGCUUGGAAUGGCUAAAAUUACACAAGUUGACUUCCCUCCUCGAGAAAUCGUCACAUAUACAAAGGAAACUCAGACUCCAGUUAUUGCUCAACCCAAAGAAGACGAAGAGGAAGAAGACGAUGUAGUAACUGCUAAACCAGCUACUGAACCCGAAGAAGAGAAAAUUUUAAAGAAAGAUGAAGAAAAUGAUAGUAAAGUACCCCCUCAUGAGUUCACUGAAGAAGAAAAGCAACAAAUCUUGCACUCUGAAGAAUUUUUAAGUUUCUUUGACCAUUCUACAAGAAUUGUAGAAAGAGCUCUUUCUGAGCAGAUCAACAUCUUCUUUGACUACAGUGGAAAAGAUUUGGAAGACAAGGAAGGAGAAAUUCAAGCAGGCGCUAAACUGUCAUUAAAUCGACAAUUUUUUGAUGAACGUUGGUCAAAGCAUCGUGUUGUUAGUUGUUUGGAUUGGUCAUCUCAGUACCCAGAGUUACUUGUAGCUUCCUAUAAUAACAAUGAAGAUGCACCUCAUGAGCCUGAUGGUGUGGCCCUUGUAUGGAAUAUGAAAUACAAAAAGACUACCCCAGAGUAUGUGUUUCACUGCCAGUCAGCUGUGAUGUCUGCUACAUUUGCAAAAUUUCAUCCAAAUUUGGUUGUUGGUGGCACAUAUUCUGGCCAAAUUGUACUUUGGGAUAACCGUAGCAAUAAAAGAACUCCAGUGCAAAGAACUCCACUGUCAGCUGCUGCACACACACACCCUGUAUAUUGUGUAAAUGUAGUUGGAACCCAAAAUGCUCACAAUCUGAUUAGCAUCUCUACUGAUGGAAAAAUUUGUUCAUGGAGUCUGGACAUGCUUUCUCAUCCACAGGAUAGCAUGGAGUUGGUUCAUAAACAGUCAAAAGCAGUAGCUGUGACAUCUAUGUCCUUCCCUGUUGGAGAUGUCAACAAUUUUGUUGUUGGGAGUGAAGAAGGCUCUGUGUACACAGCAUGCCGCCAUGGCAGCAAAGCUGGAAUCAGUGAGAUGUUUGAGGGGCAUCAAGGACCAAUUACUGGCAUCCAUUGUCAUGCAGCUGUUGGAGCAGUAGACUUCUCACAUCUUUUUGUCACGUCAUCAUUUGACUGGACAGUAAAACUUUGGACAACUAAGAAUAACAAACCUCUGUACUCAUUUGAAGAUAAUUCAGACUAUGUUUAUGAUGUUAUGUGGUCACCCACCCACCCAGCCCUAUUUGCCUGUGUGGAUGGCAUGGGGAGACUGGAUUUGUGGAACCUCAAUAAUGAUACGGAGGUGCCAACUGCCAGCAUUUCUGUAGAAGGUAAUCCUGCUCUUAAUCGUGUAAGAUGGACCCAUUCUGGAAGAGAGAUUGCCGUGGGCGAUUCUGAAGGACAGAUUGUUAUAUAUGAUGUGGGAGAGCAGAUUUCUGUUCCCCGCAAUGAUGAAUGGGCACGGUUUGCCCGAACGCUUGCAGAAAUUAAUGCCAACCGAGCUGAUGCAGAGGAAGAAGCAGCUACCCCGAAUACCUGCUUAGUUCCUGAAAUAGGAUGUGUAACUUUAAAUGGAUUUGGGGAAGACUCUAAGUAGAUCCUAAGACUAUUUGCAUGCUUCAGUCUAAAUGAUAAUUAAAAGGAAAAUUCAUGGAUCAAACUCUGGAUUUAAUGAAACAAAGCAAGUCUUACAAUGCCCCUUUUUAUAUAACUUACGUCUUAUUUGGAUUUGUGUCAUUUGUAAAUACAGCUGACUGACUUUAUAGAAUGUAACCUCUUCUGAAUUCUUACACACAGGUGUAUAUUAGAGUUAGUUUUUUCCUUUGAAUUACUUUCAACUUACAAUACUAUAUAUACAGUUAUUUCUAAAGCACAGAUUGCAUAAGUUCUACAUAUUUUUAAGUAAUAACAAUUCCCUAUAGUACUGAUAAUGUUCUUACCUACCAUAAUAUGUAGGAACCUCAUUUAUUCUUAGCCUAGCAUGCAAACAUCUAUCCAAAUUCCAUUCUAAUAGCCUUUUUCUUUUUUAUAAUUCAUGUGGUAGCUGUCUAUAAAUAAAAACAAAUAUGCAUUUAACUUUUCAAAUUUACAUUUUGAUUUACUCCUUGCAGUUUGAAUUUUUCUGUCUCUUUUUAAAAAUCUCUCUUUUUUUUUUUUCCAUUUGCUUCUUUAAGCUCAGCCACCUCAGAUCCUAUAAAGCUCUGUGCCUUAAAUACACUAUAACAGGAUAUACUGUGGAUCUCCUGAUGCAUUACAACAACUGAAUAGUUAAAUAAUUCUUCUGAGAAAAAAAAUUCACCUAGGGUAACUUCACUUACCACCUUAUUUUCUUUCUAAGAUAUAUUUAUAUUGACGAAUAAAUAGAAAACUGUCCAUUAUAUUCACUGAUUGAGAUGACUAUGUAUGCGAGCCCUCUGAGAGAAAAACCUCCUUUGAGAGAAAUUGAUUUCGUGGUUGCAGUAGUCAUAAAGAAAAAGUGGUCAGAUGACUCCACAACUGUGUCAUUGAAUCAAUUCCACAUCUUGAGAUUUGAACCUCGUUACCACAGAAAGGUAGGUGGCAAGUAUCUAAGAAUUGGGUGUUGUAAUCAGCCUCUUACAGAAUUAGAGAGAAGGGCUGUGAUCAGAUUUUUAUUUUAUUCCACUUAAGUUGGUCCAUUUCCUUGAUGUCAGUUAACCUUUUGUCCUUCUGAAGUUUAACUGCCUUUUUUUUUCCAACAGAACAGGAACUAGGGAGUAAGAUUAGAAAUAGGAAUUUGAAUAUUGUUUUGUUUUGUUUUUGUUAAUAUUUUAACAAGAUUUGAUGGGACAGAAAUUCCAAAUAAUAAAAAGCCUCUAAAUUAUGAUAUUAUAUAGUGUAAGGAAUAGGUCGUGGUUUUAGCUCUAGCACUCAUGAGAUGUGUGAUUCUAGCCAAGUUUUCCAACCUGUGCCUUGUUCUCCUUUUCUAAAAGUUAAGUUUGGAUUGGAUGACUUUCUAAGUUUCUUUCCUGCUCUUAAAUUAUUAAUUCUAAUUAUAUUCUCUUAUAUAUUCAAUUUUCAUAAAUCAACACCCCAUAAUUGUGUAUUAUAUAUCAAAGAUAAAUUUUAUGUCAGCUGUCAAACAUUUUAAGUUACCUCAUGGUAGCAAUGUCUGGAGUCAAAAGUUCCAAUUUUAGCAGGAUCAUGCUGUCUUUAUAGAAAAGUUCGUGUAAUCAUUGUAUAUUUUAUUAUAUUUUUGCCCUCACUUUGUAAAAAUGACUAGGAAAAAGGAAAUACAUAAGUAUUGAAACAUAAUUGUGACUAAGGGCGGAAAUCAAAAGAUGUGGUGAAUUAGUUGCUUAUUGGACUCAAGUUGUGUUGGAUUGUGAAAGAAAAGAAUAAAUUGAUAAGUAUUGGGGGAGUAAGUCCCCCACCUCACCUCUAAAAAUA